CUUCCGGUUACAUAUCCAUUAGUCUGAAGCAUGUGGCCGAGAGGUGUGUUCAAAGAUUUAAAUCCCCACACAUGCGCAGAUGGCGGCGAGUGCUGCUGGGUGCGCCAUUUUUGCUGGUUUACAUGGAGAGCGGAGUUGGGGAAGCCGAUUUUUAAAAACCACACCAGUUCCCGGACAUGAAGCGCUUCAAGGAUAACAAAUGAACCAGAGCGGUAGGAAAUAAUUAGUUUACUUUAGUGCAAAGUGUUUCGUUAGUCUACUUGCUUGCAAUUUCCCCCUUGUGAGGUUGUCGGUCAAACUCGAGUUCAAUGGAUCCCAGGACCGCUUGGAUCCAGCCGGAGCAGAAGGGACCUGCCAAUUCGUUAUGGAUGCACAUUUGGGAAACGUCUCAGGGAUUUGCGACCAAUUCCGGCACCGACAACCAGCUUCAGUACCAACGCAACCACGCAAAUGCGAUCUCAAAAGACUCCAACAGCGAAUACUGUAAAAGUAUAGCCCCUCCGCCACCGCUCGGUGCUGUGUUCGGGAAACUGUCGAAGCGAGACGGCGGUGAGAGGGGGAGCGCCCGAAGGAAGGGCUCCUUGUCUCCGUCUUCCUCCUCUCUGGACUCUGAGGCCGAGAGCUCGUCUCCAUCCGGCUCCUCUCUCCAAAUAGACAGUUUGAACGUGGCAGAAGAGGCUAGCAUGUUUUUACACUACGGCGAACACGAGCUGGACGAGAACGGCGUGAGGCGGCAACACCCCCCUCCUCCGCUGUCUUUCCACGCUGCUCCCCAACAUUGUCGCAGCACGCAACAAUCCGGCGGCCACACCCCCGCCAGGGUGAAGAACCAACACGGUAACAAGCAGCAUCAUUAUCAGACAUCGGUCCGCAGGAGGUAUAUGAACCGAGCCAACGUGCACGGCGUCAACGCGCUGCUUGGCUACGGCUGCUGUGGGCAACACGCCGACUCCUCAUGUAGCCUGUGGAAGACGAGGCGCUACAGCCCAGGGGUCAAUGGUCUCCAUGAAGAGAUAGUUGACUUCUUCAACUUCAUGUCACCGCGUCCAGAGGAGGAGGCGAUGAGAAGAGAUGUUGUGAACAGAAUUGAGGGUAUCAUAAAGGAACUAUGGCCUACGGCACGGGUGGAGAUAUUUGGCAGCUUCAGCACAGGUCUCUAUCUUCCAACCAGUGACAUUGACCUGGUGGUGUUUGGAAAGUGGGACCACCCCCCACUGCAGGAACUGGAGCAAGCACUGAAGAGACACAAUGUAUCGGGCCCAUAUCCUAUUAAGGUCCUUGACAAAGCUUCUGUGCCCAUCAUCAAACUCACAGACCAUGAAACGGAGGUCAAAAUUGACAUCAGCUUCAAUGUGGAGACUGCUGUCAAAGCAGCACAAUUCAUUAAGAGCUACCUGAAGAGAUACACUGUUCUGCCGCCACUGAUCUUUGUUUUGAAGCAGUUCCUGCUCCAAAGGGAUCUCAAUGAAGUAUUUACAGGAGGCAUCAGCUCUUACAGUCUCAUACUGAUGGCUAUCAGUUUCCUGCAGCUGCACCCUCGCAUUGACACGCGGCGUGCUAACAUCAACCUGGGCAUUCUGCUAAUUGAGUUCUUUGAGCUGUAUGGGCGUGACUUCAACUAUAUGAAGAUGGGCAUCCGGGUGAAUGGUGGUGCCUACCUAUCCAAAGAGGAGAUGCUCAAAGCCAUGGGGAAUGGGAACAGGCCAUCUAUGCUCUGCAUAGAGGAUCCAAUACAGCCAGGUAAUGAUGUAGGCCGGAGUUCAUAUGGAGUUUUGCAAGUCAAGCAAGUGUUUGACUUUGCUUACAUGGUACUCAGUCAUGGUGUGUCUCCUCUAGCUCGUGCGUACCCCAACAAAGAGUAUGAAAGUACUUUAGGUCGUAUUAUCAAAGUUUGCCCAGAUGUUUUGGCCUACAGAGAUUGGACUAUAAAGACGUGGGGAGCUAAGCAGUAUGCGAACCAAGAGAAUCAAGAUGUAGAGACCUGUGAGCAGGACCUUGCCAGACUAAUGCUGGUUUCUGUGGCGGAUCAACGAGACACGUCCUCCCCCGUCAGUGCUGAUUCUUCCUCGCCCUCUCCAGUCUUCCUCAACAGCCCUCAGCACAAUUCUUCAUCCUCCUCUCCAAGCUCAAACUCUUCCUCCUCUGGGAGUGACAUUGAGUCUGACCCUCCCUUACUCACUAACGGGGUCAAUCUCCAGGCCCUUAACCUGGCCUCUGUCCAUUCCAUAAUGCAGAUGGCUGCACAUCCAGCAGGCUUUAUCCACACGACACCGCAGUUCUACCUUGAGAAUCUACCAUCCGUCAAUAUGGUGCACCGGCAAAUGGUACAAGCUGCGGUUUCUCAGCACUCCAACUCCACAAGCCCUCUAACCAGUCCCCUCCACCAACUCCAUCACCCCCAGUUGGGAGGGCAGCACCAGCACACAAAUGCCAUUCGGCCAGAGUCCAAGGGCUCAUUUCAGCCCCCGAAAUUUGGCUUCAAGCACAACCAAAGCAGUAGCCUCCGUGGUCAAACUCACUCCCAAGGUAGUUUCAGUCCCCAGCGGCAGUUUAUUCCUCAGGGCCACAAUACAGAACCAGGUUUGAGGAACCAGCAGCAGUACAACUGCAACACCUGGCGACGCAGGAAGAGGGAAAAUCUCCCAGCUCUGAAUCAGGGCAGAUGAAGAAUUGAAGCACUGAUAUAAUCUACUUUUAAAGACUUUCCUCUUGUCGUCACAAACUGCCUGUUGCAUAGCCAAGACAGUUAUUGGGGACCUUUUAUUGUCUCCAAUUGUUUCAAUUGGCCAGUACUUUUUCUUCUUCUGUUCUUCCAGCAUGAAGCAACUACUUGACUCAGACAGGUGAACGACAAUGGUCUUAAGUCUUAACUGUACUUGGUCAAAAGGUUUGAAAUUUAGAAAUACUCCGUCAACAUUGGAAGCACACCAGCACCAUGGCUGAGUUGACAACCCAGACUUGGUCCUCGCCAGUGUCACUUCCUUUAAACCUCUCAGAAAGCAGUCAUGUGCCAUAUUAAUCAAUGGGUUCAUUGAGACUGACCUGUGGUCUCUCUCUGUUUUUAAUAUUAUUGAGCCUGUUGGGUCUGUUUUUUCCCCUUUGACUAAUUUCUUACUCCGAAUGCAUCAUUCCUUUUGCAACACAAUUACAGCUUGGACUCUGUCCGUUCAACUGUAGUGACACACUACCUUUCUAGCUAUGCAGCACAACGCUGACUAAAUAUUUUCGGUGUGAUGGCACAAACCAGACCUUCUCAAGUGCUUAAACUGUGAUGACUUGUUUGAAUGUACUGAAGUAGUGCUUGUGUGUUGGAACUUAUGUUCGCUGAUGUUUGUCACUGAGGUUUUUCCCUUUCCCCCCCCCCCUCACAUUGGCACUUUAAUGUUGUCGCAUUCAUGUGCAAUAGUUGGUUGCUUUUAUUUAUUUCACAUUUUAGUUGUUCUUUUUAAUUAUUUAGUAGCCCACGCCCACUACCACCGCUCUCCAAGUCCUCAUUGACCUGUGCAAUAUGUGGAUUUUUAAGGGCCUUGAAUGAAUGUUUUCCACUUUCCAACAGAAGGGGGAGUUGUGGUGGAGUGACAUGGAAAAUGUGCCAAAAAAUUCUCAAAAAUCUCCCCCAUGCACACUUGUAGUUCUCAUUAUAAUUCUACCAUUUGUUUUAUUGGGGUGUCUUUCCUUGAAGGGGAUACUAUAGGGAAAUACCAUUUUACCAUGUAUUUCCUAAUGCCAUUUCAAAACUAUUUGGUGCUACUUCGAACCAGCAAAGUGCUUUUGUUCUUGCCUUUAUCUGCUUUAAAAUGUGUCAAAGCAAAAGGUCCACUGCCUUCUUGGAAGACCAAAUUCUCCCGUACAUAGCCAGAGCUUUAGUUCAGUGUCCUGCUAGAUUUAUUACACAUUAAUAACGUAGGAUCAUAAUGCGUCAGACAUUGUAAGACGACAUUGUUUUUUUUUUUUCCCUCCCACAUCUAAAAAUUUAAGUCCAGACCUGCAUAACCUAUAAGGAAUCCAUUCGGUUGAUAUGUAAAAGGGAUGUGAUUUGUUCAAUGUUGCAGGAGUUUGGUGGAGUCUUCGAAAAGUUUAACAAAGUUGUUUUAGCAUCCUAUGUACCAAACUGAUACAAUCAGCCUGGUUUUGAAAACGUGUUUGUUUUCAAUGCAGCUUUCCAAGAUAAUCAGCAAGCGGUUACGUAUUGACAUACCAAACCAAUUCCCAGCUCAUGUCUAUGUUGUAAUUAAGGAUGUGUAAAUGACUGACCUAUAGAUGUAUUCUUUUUUUUAAGUCUUAAGUUUUUCUAUUUUUUUAAUAAACAUUUUAA